CCACACACACCGCACACACACACACCCCUCAUCCCUCUCAUAUCCGACAACGGCUGCUACAAAUAGUAUUUUCUCGUGGUGGAUCCACAGUCGCUCACUCUCGCUGUUGGUAUGUUACUUAAGACAAAAACGGCUCGCACGAUAUGUGAACUUACAGCGCACGGAGACGAGACGGAACACCACCGAUUCUUCGCCACUGCGAUUUAAGGAUGUCUAAUUUCUUGCAAUUUUGAAGUAAACGUGCAAUAACAGCAAAUUGCAUUGUUUCCAAAAGCCCUAAAUUAAUAAGUUCACAAGGACAGUAGCAGCAGCGACAAAAGGUUUCAUUGGCUUUUCGGCUCGUUUGUGUAAAACAAGACACCUUUUCCCUUGUGCGCUCAUUGUUGUGCAUUUGUACGUAGCGCAAACAACUUGCCCUCUACUGUGAACAGACGCUACAAAUGGAUACUAUUUGCAAGUGAAAUAUCCCCUUCGCAUUGAAGGAACAGGUUGGUUCUCGACUGGAACGUCAGCAAAUUCCAUCGCCGCUAAAGUUAUGUCUGCACUACGGAGGAAAUUUGGAGAGGACUAUCAGGUCGUGAACACUAACAGGGGCACCACUUACACGGCGCCAGUCAAGAAAAAGCGCCAGCGGUUUGUCGACAAGAACGGACGCUGCAAUGUUCAGCACGGGAAUCUUGGUGGGGAGACCAGUAGAUACAUCUCGGACCUGUUUACCACCUUAGUGGAUCUGAAGUGGCGUUGGAAUCUUCUCAUUUUCAUUUUGACAUAUACAAUCGCCUGGCUGGUUAUGGCUUCCAUGUGGUGGAUAAUCGCUUACAUCAGGGGAGAUCUGAACCAUGGCCACGACCAGUCUUACACCCCGUGCGUUGCCAACGUCUAUAACUUUCCCUCGGCUUUUCUAUUCUUCAUCGAGACAGAAGCCACCAUCGGCUAUGGCUAUCGCUACAUCACAGAAAAGUGCCCCGAAGGCAUCAUUUUGUUCUUGUUCCAGUCGCUGCUGGGAUCCAUCGUGGACGCCUUUCUCAUUGGCUGUAUGUUCAUAAAGAUGUCCCAGCCCAAGAAGCGUGCCGAGACUCUUAUGUUCAGUCAAGACGCCGUCAUCUCGCAGCGAGACGGCAAACUGUGUCUUAUGUUCAGAGUGGGCAACCUGAGAAAUAGCCACAUGGUAUCCGCACAGAUCAGGUGCAAACUCAUCAAGUCCCGGCAGACUCCGGAGGGCGAGUUCCUCCCCCUGGAUCAGUGUGAGCUGGACGUGGGCUUUGGGACCGGGGCGGAUCAGCUCUUCCUAGUGUCUCCGCUCACCAUCUGCCACGAGAUCAAUCCCAAGAGCCCUUUCUUCGACCUGUCCCAGCGCUCACUCAUGAGCGAGCAGUUUGAGAUUGUUGUCAUCCUGGAGGGCAUUGUGGAGACCACAGGCAUGACGUGCCAGGCUCGGACGUCCUACACAGAGGACGAGGUGCUGUGGGGCCACCGUUUCUUGCCCGUCAUGUCCCUAGAGGAGGGCUUCUUCCGGGUGGACUACUCCCAGUUCCACAGCACCUUCGAGGUGCCCACGCCGCCCUACAGCGUCAAGGAGCACGAGGAGAAGACGUCUCUGCCCUCGCCCCUGGUCACGCCCACGCUGGGCGACGGACGGGGCGGGCGGGACCGGGUGUUCUCCGUGGACUGCAUCGACAUUGCCGAGGAGCGCGUGGCGGGGCGGCUGCCCAGCAAGCUGCAGCGCAUGAGUUCCUCAGGGAAGGAGGACCUGCAACGCAAGGUGCUGAAGCUGAGCUCGCAGCCAGCCGAGAGAGCCUCCAGCAUGGGCGACCUGCCCCUGAAGCUCCAGCGCAUCGGCUCUGUGCCCGGCCAGGGCGAGGCCGAGGAGCGGCUCAAGCUCAAGGCCCUCAAGGCGGGCUCCGAGCCCAUGACCCAGUCCACGGGCGACCUGCAGCAGCUCAACCUGAGCCACAUCCCCGCCCCAGCCCCCAUCCCCAGCCCUAUCCCCGCCCCCUCGGCGGGAGGUCGGCCUGAGGACAACCUGCCAGCCAAGCUGCGCAGAAUGAACGCUGAUCGCUGA